UAUAAUGAUGUUUAAGAAGACUAUUACUGCGACUAGUUCACGACUAGUAGAAAGCUUUCUCAAAAGACUCAGGCUUUUAUUUUUCUUGUCUGCCAUUGCUUCUUCUUAAAUACCAACAUCACUUUCUUUUGUUUCCCACUCCUCUCUAUACUCUCUCUCUACCCACCGGCAAAUCAGCUCCCAAGCUGUUCGGCGGCAGCGUGCUCUUACUGUCCCAUAUUCAUUAUUAUCUCUCACAUUGUUCUCUCUCUCUCUCUCUCUCUCUCUCUCUCUCUCUCUCUCUCUCUCUCUCUCUCUCUCCCUGUAUCCUAGCAUCUAUUCUAUAUUGCGGGCUGGUUUUAAUCUUCUCAUAUAGUUCCACUAGCACUUUGAAGUUGUUGGUGAAGUGUUUUCUUGAUUUUCUCCGUUUCUCCAUCUGGGCUUUUCUAAAAACCCAGAAAAACCCUGUCUUGAGCCAAGGAAAUGAUCACUCUCUCAGAUUUUUACCAUGUUUUAACUGCUGUUGUUCCACUAUAUGUUGCUAUGAUCUUAGCUUAUGGCUCUGUGAAAUGGUGGAAAAUCUUUACCCCUGCUCAAUGUUCAGGUAUCAACAGAUUUGUAGCUCUCUUUGCUGUGCCUUUACUCUCAUUUCAUUUUAUAUCUACCAACAAUCCUUAUACUAUGAACUUUAGAUUCAUAGCAGCUGAUACUCUGCAGAAGUUGAUAGUUUUAGGUGUUUUAACUAUUUGGUCAAGAGUGAGUGCUAGAGGGUGUCUUGAAUGGUCUAUUACUCUUUUUUCACUAUCCACACUGCCUAAUACUCUUGUUAUGGGGAUCCCUUUACUGAAAGGUAUGUAUGGUGAGGCCUCUGGGAGUCUUAUGGUUCAGAUUGUUGUGUUGCAGUGUAUAAUCUGGUAUACAUUGAUGCUUUUUUUGUUUGAGUAUAGAGGUGCUAGGCUUUUGAUUGCUGAGCAGUUUCCAGAUAAUGCUGCUAUGAUUUCAUCCUUUAGGGUGGACACUGAUGUGCUCUCUUUAGAUGGUAAGGAGCCUCUGGAAACCGAGGCUGAGGUCGGGGAUGAUGGCAAGAUUCAUGUCACUGUUAGGAAAUCCACUAGUUCCAGGUCUGAAAUUUUUUCCAGGAUGUCACAUGGGCCUCAUUCGGGUGUUUCUUUGACACCUAGGCCUUCGAAUUUGACUAAUGCUGAGAUUUAUUCACUUCAGUCGUCGAGGAAUCCUACACCUAGGGGUUCUAGUUUUAAUCAUAAUGAUAUAUAUUCUGUGAUUAAUGUAAAGAAUGCUAGUAAUGUGAGUCCUAGGCAGUCAAAUUAUGGUAAUGUGGGGUUAGAUGAGGAGAGUGGAGCAGGGGGAUAUGGUAAUCAUACCAAGGGGAAUGCUGGGUAUCCUGCACCUCCUAGUGCUGGGAUUUUUUCUCCUCUUGCCGGGCCUGGAGCAAAGAAGAAGGCCAAUGGGGCUGAUGGUGGUAAAGAUCUUCAUAUGUUUGUCUGGAGCUCGAGUGCUUCACCGGUUUCUGAAGGAGGGAUUCAUGUUUUCAGAGGAGGAGAGUAUGGUAAUGGCCUUAAUGGGAUUCAUAAUGCUAAAGAUUAUGAUGAAUAUCGGCGAGACGAAUUCAGCUUUGGAAACAAACAAGUUCAGAAUGGAGUUGAACGGGAAGGGCCUAUGCUGUCUAAGCUUGGUUCAAGCUCUACAACUGAGUUGCAUCCCAAGUCCAUGGCCAAUAUGGAAAACAAGCCCACUGCCAUGCCGCCCGCUAGUGUCAUCACUAGACUCAUUCUAAUUAUGGUGUGGCGAAAACUAAUUAGGAAUCCCAACACAUACUCUAGCCUCAUUGGUCUUACCUGGUCUUUGGUAUCGUACAAAUGGGAUGUUGAAAUGCCUGCCAUAAUUGCAAAAUCAAUUGCAAUUCUAUCUGAUGCCGGCCUUGGAAUGGCGAUGUUUAGUCUUGGUCUAUUUAUGGCAUUACAGCCAAAAAUCAUUGCAUGUGGGAACUCGGUGGCUACCUUUGCUAUGGCUGUUCGGUUCAUCACAGGUCCUGCAGUUAUGGCUGCUUCCUCCAUUGCUGUUGGUUUGAGAGGAGUUCUGUUGCAUAUUGCCAUUGUUCAGGCAGCCCUGCCACAAGGAAUUGUCCCUUUCGUCUUUGCCAAGGAGUAUAAUGUUCAUCCUGACAUACUUAGCACCGGGGUUAUAUUUGGAAUGCUGAUAGCUCUUCCCAUCACACUGGUUUACUACAUCUUGCUAAUGGUGUGAAACCGAACCUCGUAGUGCUGCUGCUGUCCAAACUAGGCCUAGUAAAAAAACUAACCACUUUUGAAAUACCACGUUAUAUGCAAUGUUUUCAAUUUUGAUGGCAUCUGACUUGAGAAGAAGAUAGAUAUAUGUAGUGACUUGGUAGAGUGAAGAGGGUUGUUAGACGGAGAAGAACAGUUAUAUUAAAAAGAUGAUUAGUAUCCGGUAGUAGGUUUUUGUUGUCUAUUCUCCUCUAUUAUAAAAGAACUACAACUUGUUUUGGUUUG